ACAUAUUUUAUUUGUACCUAUCAAGCCAAAAUUUCCUAGUUGCAAACAUUGUUAUUUUUCUUGUACCGUUACUUUCUUAGUAUUAUUGUGUUCCAUUACAUGACCACCACUAUAAUAAAAAUCAUGUUGCUAGGACUUGGGCCGGCAAAUUGUUCUAUAAAUAGCAAAGCUACUAUAUCAGCUCUUAACCACAAAGAAAAAACACUUAAGUUAAACAAUAUUUUCAAACAUUUAGGAUGAAACUAAGUGCAACAAUGAACACGGGAACUUACUUUACCCUACUUCAUUUUAUUGCUUUCUUGAUCCUUAUUUUCAUGGCUUGUAGUAACACAUUAAUUGUUGAAGCUCAAAGGCACAGGGCACCAGAUGUAAAAGAAGGGAAAUUUUCACCAGCAAUUUCUGGUCACAAAAAGGCUAUUUUAACGAUCAAUGACUUUCGAAAACGUGGCGGAGGAGGGGGUCCAUCAGAAUGCAGUGGAAAAUAUUACGAUAAUUCUAUUCCAAUUGUGGCUUUAUCAACUGGAUGGUACAGUAAAGGGAAAAGAUGUUUUGAAAAAAUUACAAUUUAUGCAAAUGGAAAGAGUACAAAAGCUAUGGUUGUGGAUGAAUGUGACACAGGUAAAGGGUGUAGAAAUAACAUCGUUGAUGCUUCUGAAGCUGUGUGGAAAGCUUUAGGUGUGCCUAAGAAAGAUUGGGGUUGGCUUGAAAUCUUCUGGUCUGAUUAAUUAAUUUGAUUUCAAUGGUUUUCUUGGUAUGGUUUUCAUUUCAAUAAGUAUCUGAAAUAAACUGAUAGCAAGGCUCAUAUAGUUGCCUUAAUCUGCUAUCACAAUAAUAAGGACGGUUAACCCCUCGUUAUCUUUUAUGACUUAAUAUGUAAAUGUUAUGUCGGUCAGUGUAAAGAAGUUAAACUCGAAUAAUAGUACUUGUUUCUUCUGUUGCUUCUCUGUUAAAAGAUUAUGGAUUUGUAUGCAGCUGUUUGAACUAAAUUUUACAUUAGUAACUAUCUGUUCUUACUGGUUUCUUUGAUCUAAUAAUACCCAGAGGCCAAAUAUUCUUACUUCCUCACAACACUGGAUGGAUAAAGGUUAGUUAAAUUUGGAAUGUCUAUAGUAAAGACUAUAAUACUUGCCACUGGAAAUAUAUUGAAUAUUGAAAUUGUACAAGCAGCUGAACAAAGUAGUGGCAAAACAAGAAGCAAAUUACAUCAA